GUCCUGUAUAGCUCUUCCCAGUCAGAUCAUUCAGAUAGACCAGAUCAUACAGUCAUGUCGCUCCUAGAAACCCAUCUGGAGCAGAUCUCGCUCUCUUCCUCCGCCAUUGCAGAGCUCCCGUUCCCUCAACCACGUCUCUUUACCAAUGCCCUCCUGGGCUCUCACGAUAUUACGGCCUUGAUCCGUGAUACCGAGGCUCAUGAGCGGGCUCUCUUUCAAACCGAUCCCGCGGCCAAAUCCGCCCAUGCCUCGCAGCGACGAGCCACAUCCCGACGGGCCACCACGUUCGCCGCCGAGUCCGAGGGGGAUUCCAUGGCGAGCCGCAUCUAUUCCGCGCGGAACAAUCGCAGUCAGUCUGCCGUGGCUCGGGUCUUGGGCUCGGACAUGAUGGAGGAGAUCAAACGAUCGGCCGGCGCAUCCUCCAGAGGUACCCGCGACGAGGUCAACAUCGACGUGCUCCUCCGGGGAGCGGAAAUCUUGUGCAACGUCUACCCGGUUGCUGGUGCGCAAGAGAAGAUCGCCAGCCUCCGGUACCGCCACCAGCUAAUCACCGACUCGAUUGCGCAAUUGGAAGACCGCGUAGAGAGUAACACUGCCGAGCUGGAGGGUAUGCGACACUCGUAUGGGGAUGACUACGACGACUACGAGGCCUCGCGCCCCUCGCCGCCGGAAACGGUGGACGUGACCGACGCGGACAUCCAGCGGGAAAUGGAAGAAAUCAGAGAACUGGAAAGGCGGAAACGGAUGAUGGAACAUCGCGUCCAUGGUCUCGAGCGAGAUCUGGGCAGCCUGAUGGGGUGAUCUGCCUAGGUCUGCCUCUCCGGCUCGUGGGUGUGUCCCACCAAGCAGAAUAUUCAAGAUCGGACGACCAAGGGACGCCUACUCGCGUCGACGCCGUCCUACCUUUGGUGUGUCGAUACCGAGGGUAUGGUCUCCAGGAACCAGCCAGAGGAUGCUACCCAUUAGCACCUUGUUGGGCGGGCAACACCCAUUGUAUGACCUCCCACUGCCCGGGUGCCUCCCAUAUCUGGGAGCUGUCCGCUAUCCCAUCGCUCUUUGACCCAUGCUCUUUGCACUGUCAUUGAAAGCUAUGUGCCCACUCGCUUUGUCUCUUUGUCGUGCAGUUGCGGCGCGAGGAGAAUCCGCCUCCUCGCCUGGAUAGUAUGGACGUGGCAUGGAAAUGGAUAAUCGGGAUGACUGGUUCCAUAGAACAGGCAGAUGAUAUGACAAUAUGACCGUAUGACCGUAU